GAGAGAGACGAAAACGAAGGAUCGCGCAUACGUACCAAGACGUGUGAAUCAAGACGAAUCGUGAGGACAAUCUUGGGUGCUCUCGAAACAUACGUUCAAUAGCUGCGAAACGAAGCUGGGUGCUAGCGACAAACGAUAAGACAAGUGAUAACAACCAGAGCGAAGCCGAGCUGUGCUACCAGCUAUCGGCUACCGGCGUCAAUCGCGACAAAGUAGCCAUAUGGUCGACCGCGGCACACGUGGUUUGCUCUGUGGUUUAUACACCCAACAAUUGUAUUUUCCAAAUUUCAAAUAAAAUGACAAUGGGGAACGAGGAAGAUGUGAAACUGUUUCAAACAAUCGGUCUGAGCGAGCAGAAAGCCAAGGAGACCCUGAAAAAUGUGAAUGUUACAAAGAAUCUCAAGCUGGCAAUAAGCGAGGCAGUGAAACAUGAAUCUAUCACUCAAGAGACUGGUGUCUUGCUGUACCAUCUAGCCUCCAAAAUUAAGAACCAAAUUGCGGAUAAGAUACCAUUUAUCACAAAUUGUAUAGUUGAAAAGAAACUGAAUAGUGUACAGAGGGUGGAUGCCGCGUUGACUUAUUUAUUGGCCAAUGUAAACAAUACUCCUGAUAUAGCUAAAUUUGAGGAAUUUUGUGGUGUAGGGAUUGUAGUUUCACCUGAACAAAUAGAAGAAGAAGUCGAAAAAAUAAUUAAAGCACAUAAAGAUGAGAUUUUGGAAAAAAGGUAUCGCUUUAAUUCUGGUCCAUUGAUGCAACAAAUACGCAACCGUUUGAAAUGGGCAGAUGGUAAAGCAAUAAAGAAUGAAUUCGAUAUUCAGCUUCUUGAUUUACUGGGUCCAAAAGUUGAUGCUGAUCUGGCACCUGCACCUAAGCAAGUGAAACAGCCAAAGGACAAGCAAAUAAAAACAAAGAAGCCAGAAGUUGUGAAGGAAGAACAGAAGGAAACACUGCAUGAUGAAAAAGUGGGAGCGCAAACUAUAAGUGAACUUAUGAAGAAUAAAGUUCACUUUCACAAACCGGGGGAAAAUUAUAAAACCGACGGAUACAUCGUGACACCAAAUACACAUAAUCUAUUGCAGAAACAUUUGAAAGCUACUGGCGGCAAAGUGGUAACAAGAUUCCCACCAGAACCCAAUGGGAUUUUGCAUAUUGGACAUGCAAAGGCUAUCAAUAUAAACUUUGGGUAUGCUGCUGCUUACGAUGGUAUAUGUUAUUUACGAUACGAUGACACAAAUCCUGAGAAAGAAGAGGAGAAAUUUUUUGUCGGUAUACGGGAAAUGGUGGAAUGGCUUGGUUACAAACCAUAUGCUAUUACACAUUCGUCGGAUAAUUUCCAGCAACUGUACGAGUGGGCCGUAGAGCUUAUAAAAAAAGAUUUAGCCUAUGUUUGCCAUCAAUCCAGUGAAGAAAUGAAAGGUUUCAAUCCUCCGCCGAGUCCUUGGCGCGACAGGCCAAUUGAAAAAAGCUUGGAACUAUUUAAUGAUAUGAAGAAUGGUUUGUUAGAAGAAGGAGAAGCUACCUUGCGCAUGAAGGUGACUUUGGAGGAAGGGAAGCAAGAUCCUGUCGCAUACAGGAUAAAAUAUUUGCCGCACCAUCGAACUGGUGACAAAUGGUGCAUUUAUCCAACUUAUGAUUACACCCAUUGUUUAUGCGACAGCAUCGAAAAUAUUACUCAUUCUCUUUGCACAAAGGAAUUCCAAUCGCGAAGAUCGUCUUAUUAUUGGCUUUGCAAUGCUUUAGAUAUUUAUUGUCCCGUACAGUGGGAAUAUGGCCGAUUGAACGUCAAUUAUACCGUAGUUUCCAAAAGAAAAAUUUUGAAAUUGAUACAAGAAGGAAUAGUGUCCGACUGGGAUGAUCCCAGAUUGUUUACAUUGACUGCAUUACGUAGACGUGGAUUUCCACCGGAGGCUAUAAACAACUUUUGCGCUCAAAUGGGUGUAACCGGUGCACAAGCAACUGUCGAUCCAACAGCAUUGGAAGCAGCUGUUCGAGAUGUUCUAAAUCUCACUGCUGCCCGACAUAUGGUAGUUCUAGAACCUAUCAAAUUAACGAUCAGGAAUUUCCCUCAAGAAAAAGUUAUAAAGCUCACUGUACCCGAUUUUCCUAACGAACCUGAAAGGGGACAUCAUGAAAUUACAUUUGACGAGAUUAUAUAUAUUGAAGCCACGGAUUUCAAAGAAAUUGAAGAAAAAGGUUUUAGACGUUUGACACCGAAACAAUCUGUAGGCUUAAAGCAUACGGGUGUCAUAGUAACAUUUGAAAGUAUUGAAAAAGAUGCCAGUGGUAAUAUUACGAACAUCAUUGUUAGACAAGAUCCUGUUUCAGAAAAGAAUAAACCAAAAGCGUUUAUACAUUGGGUGUCUCAUCCGGUAUUGGCAUCUGUUAGAUUAUAUGAGCGUUUGUUUAAGCACAAAAAUCCAGAAGAUACAAAUGAAGUACCGCACGGAUUUUUAAGUGAUAUUAAUCCAUUCAGCAAAAAAGAAAUUGUAGCAUACAUGGAUAAUAGUCUAGCUAAAACGGCGAAGGUGUACGAUAAGUUUCAGUUUGAACGUAUAGGCUUUUUCUCUAUUGAUCCCGAUACCAAGUCUAAUAAGCUUGUUUUUAAUCGCACCGUAACACUGAAAGAAGAUUCGGGAAAGGUAUAAAUAUAUUAA